AAACAAUGGAUGAAUGAGUUAACAAAUUUAAACUUGCAUCAGUUCAGAAUUUAUUCCUUAAAAAAGAGACUGUGACAGCCAGCACAAUGGUGUUGACGUGUAGAUUUUACAAGAACAAGUAUCCAGAAGUAGAGGAUGUUGUUAUGGUCAAUGUUCGCUCCAUUGCUGAGAUGGGAGCCUACGUACAUCUACUGGAGUACAACAACAUUGAGGGCAUGAUUCUCCUAUCUGAAUUGUCCAGAAGACGUAUCCGUUCUAUCAACAAACUCAUCCGUAUCGGCAGGAAUGAAUGUGUUGUUGUCAUAAGAGUGGACAAAGACAAAGGAUACAUUGAUCUUUCAAAAAGAAGAGUCUCACCAGAGGAGGUCACCAAAUGUGAAGAAAAAUUCGCUAAAGCAAAAGCAGUUAACAGUAUACUACGCCAUGUUGGAGAAUUGAUGAAGUUCCACAGCGAUGAACAGAUGGAAGAGUUGUACACAAAAACAGCCUGGUUCUUUGACGACAAAUACAAAAAACCCGGGGCCUCCUAUGAAGCCUUCAAACAUGCUGUAACGAAUCCUGAAAUUUUGGAUGAACUGGACAUUGAUGAAGAAACAAAGAGUGUUUUACUGCAGAACAUCAAAAGGAGGCUUACCCCUCAAGCAGUCAAAAUCAGAGCAGAUAUUGAGGUUGCCUGUACAAAUUAUGAAGGAGUAGAUGCUGUCAAGCGAGCUCUGAAGAAAGGUCUGGAGCUGUCUACAGAGUCCAUGCCAAUCAAGAUAAAUCUGAUUGCCCCGCCCUUGUAUGUGAUGACAACCUCCACCCUGGAGAGAACUGAGGGCCUAGCCACACUCAACAAAGCCAUCGCCAGCAUAAAGCUCACGAUAGAGGAGGCCGGAGGAAUAUUCAACAUACACAAACAGCCACGUGUGGUAUCAGAUAUUGAUGAGAUUGAGCUGGAAAAACAGUUACAACAGCUGGAGGCUGAAAAUCGGGAAGUGGCUGGCGACUCUGAUGAAGAGGAUGACGUGGAAGGGAUGGGAGAGUUAGAAGGAGAGGAGCCAGGGGAGGAAGAAGAGGGAGAAGAUUGAUGGGGAGGAUCCAAAUAUAACUUAUAUCUAGGAGUGGAAACGGGGACAGAAUCAGGCAACAAACCAUGAACUCUAUAACAAACACUUCAAAGAGUGCUAAUCUAUAUAACUAGGUGACAACUGUGAAAAUUGGCAAAUUAAUUCUAAUGGAAAGUUUAAAGAAUUUGAAUUGAUAUUCACUUAAUUACAUAAUAUAUUGAUGUCUGAUGUGAGAACCAAUAUUUGUAUCCCAUUUUAUGAGAAAAUUUUGUUUAUUUGCCUUGAAGUAAAAUGUUCUCAUGUGAAGCUUACAGCUUGUGUAAGAGUGAGUGGGGCUGUCAAAUGAAAGCUGAAUUUGUGAAGGUUUCAGUCACUUUAUGAAUGUAGUCUCAUGUUCAUUUUUAUUGUAGUGUCUGGAAAUAUAAUAUAAAUCUGUCACAUAAAAUUUCUUUUUUUUUCCUGUAAUAUUCUGUUGUACAUUUAUCUUGUUUCACCAGUCACCAUUCAAAUAAAUUAAACCAUUGAAAAAAGA